AUGUACGGCCAUCUGAAGUGUGUUGUACUACUGCUGGCUAUGCGUGGCAUUGCAUUCGUCGCCUCAGAGGAAACCAGAUCCGCGUUCAUAAUCAUUGACGUUCAAGACUGUUUCCUGCCAGGGGGCAGUUUAGCUGUGGAUCGUGGAGAUACUAUACUUCCGGUCAUUAACGGCAUUCGGAAAAACAACACAUUUGACGCUGUUGUCUUCUCGCUAGAUUGGCACCCUCCGGGUCACGUGUCGUUUGCCUCGGCUCACAACAAGGCUCCCUUUGAUGUUAUCACACUGGGAUAUCUGCACAACGGAACACUUUGUCUCGGAGAAACCGUGACACCAAGGGCGUUCCCUGGCGCCCUUAACUGUACUGGCUCCUCAACAAAAACACUGAACCAAACAGUCUACCCUGUUCAUUGUGUGCAGAACGUCACACAAGGUCCGACAUCGUCCAUGAUCUCCGGUAAAUUGGUUCGAUACAAGGAUGACCUUCUCAUCCACAAGGGAGUUAUGAAACAGAUCGACUCAUAUUCCGCAUUUUUCGACAACGGAAAGUUCUUCGACACAAACCUGGACUCUGAGCUAAAGAGACGGAAAAUCAACACCGUCUUUGUUGCGGGCUUUGCUCUGGACAUCUGUGUGUUCCACACAUCAAUGGACGCUAGAGACUUGGGAUACAACACGUAUGUAGUGACAGACGCCUCUUUGGGUAUUAACCCGCAGCAUGUAGUCAAUGCUCAGAAGAAACUUAUUAACAGAGGUGUCAAACUGAUCUCACAUGCCGAAAUACCAGCCAUACUCAAGGUCAAGGAUUCCUCAAACUUCCCAGGUCCGGCCUUGACACUGAUGUUUGUUCUGCUGCUCACGCCCAUGCAGUUCAUCGUCAUCUAG